GCUCAGGGUCUAAUGCGGAAGAGGUGGCGGAAAGAAUGUAAGAGCCAAAGGAAAGGUCAUCUGUAUCCUUGGAACAUCUCUGCAUGGUCCCCUCCAAGAAGCAGCUCUAUGAUGUGUGGCUCGUGAGUUUGCUGAAGCAAGUCCGACUCUUUCUAGGGCAUAGUUAGCCAUCAGGACUGGGAUGGAGGAGCCAGCACCAACAGAAGGCCAGGGUCAGCUACCAAGUUCCCACCAGGGCUCCCUGAGGAGGGCGGUGGCUGCUGCCCUGGCCUUGGAUGGGGAAUCCACAAUGGGCCGCAGGAAAAAGAAGAAGAAAGACUCUCGCCCCGAAUCUGUCAUCAUCUACCGAUCAGAUAAGGAGAACAUGGACGAAGAGCCUGAAGAGUCAGAAGGAGGAGAACGUCCUAAAGAGGAAGAGGGAGAGGGAGAGGAUUUCCUAGACUAUCCUGCAGAGGAUGGUAUGUGGAACAUGCCUUUGAACAGCCGCUAUGUCACAUUAACUGGAACCAUCACGCGAGGGAAGAAGAAGGGUCAGAUGGUGGAUAUCCAUGUCACCUUGACCGAGAAGGAGCUGCAGGAACUGACCCAACCCAAAGAGUUGUCCAGAGAAACAGCACCCAAGGGAAGAAAGAUCUGCCAGGUGGGGGCAGACCAGGGACCCCAUGUGGUCCUGUGGACACUGGUCUGCCUACCUGUGGUCUUCAUCCUCUCUUUCGUUGUCUCCUUUUACUAUGGCACCAUCACCUGGUACAACAUCUUCCUCGUGUACAACGAGGAGAGGACCUUCUGGCAUAAGAUCUCCUGCUGCCCCUGCCUCAUACUCUUCUACCCAGUGCUCAUCAUGGCCAUGGCGUCUUCCCUGGGCCUCUACGCUGCUGUGGUCCAGCUCUCAUGGUCUUGGGGGGCAUGGUGGCAGGCUGCCAGGGACAUGGAGAAAGGCUUCUGUGGGUGGCUCUGUAGCAAGCUGGGCCUGGAGGACUGUUCUCCCUAUAGCAUUGUGGAGUUGCUGGAAUCUGAUAACAUCUCAGGCAGUCUUUCCAACAAGGACCCCAUCCAGGAAGUGGAGACGUCCACUGUUUGAACUGCCAACAGCUUCCUUCCCUGGCCCCUUCCAGUCGUCCAUAUAUCAUUUCACUAUUUCAGCACAUUCUUUUUUUAAAUAAUCCCUUGCCCCUUGCAGUUCUAGAAAAUUCCCCUUUCAUGCUGGUCAGUUCCUCCUUCUUAUCAUUCUUAGAGGGCAGGGAACAGCAAAGCAACUUGUGGCCGGGUGUGGUGGUGCACGCCUUUAAUCCCAGCACUCGGGAGGCAGAGGUAGGAGGAUCACCAUGAGUUCGAGGCCACCCUGAGACUACAUAGUGAAUUCCAGGUCAGCCUGGACUAGAGUGAAACUCUACCUCACAAAACAAAACAAAAAAACCCUGUGUCAAGCAGUCUAUCCCAUGGACUUUUCUCUGCCACAAAAUGACCACUUAUCUGGGAAUGGGAGCUCCCUUGUAAAUUACUUCAGGGGCUUGAAGGUUUUACUGAUGCCUGUAACCCAGGACAGUGUGUGACUAAAUGUGACAGGAACAGUGACGAGGCUCAGGGGUGACCAUAUCCACUAAGAAAAUAGAGAUGACGUGGAACAUUCUAGAAGCUAGGCUACUACAGUAUAUUAUUUAUGUGUAUCACUUAGGCUGAGAUAGAAUUACAUAUAAUUAAAGCCCAGAAUAUCAGUGGUCUUAAACAAGAUAGAAUUCUAUUUCUUUCUUAUGUUUAAGUCUAGACUCAGACCAUUCCAGAACCUGGUGAAAUGAGCUGGGUUUCACUGGCUGGUAAGAUGUGAUUCUCACUGCCUUUAUCCUCAGUGUUCAAGUAUUGACUAUAUUUACAGCCUUUAUAUCCAGUUUCUAGAAAAAUAGCAAAGGAGGGUUCAUUCUUCCUGUGUAAUAUUUCCCAGAAAUUCCUCCUCAGUACUUUUUAUACCUUAUUGGCCAGUCCUUAGUCACAUAACUUCACAAUCAAAACAGGCUGGAAAAUCUUUUGUCUAGGUAGCUAUAUUCCCAGAUAAAUACUGAGGUUACAUGUAUUUGUGGGGGAAAGGGAGAGAAUAGCUGUUUUGGUAGAUAAGAAUCUCCACUUUACAAUAAGUACUUAAAUGCUUUCAGAGUUCUAAACUCUUAAUGCAAUUUUAUUUAUUUAUUUAUUUGUUCAUUAAUUUAUUCCCUUUGACCUGAGGCUUACCCAGGGAACUGAUACAUAGGUAAGAGCCACAUAUACUAUAUGUAUGCUGUACACAGAUAGAAGCAUCUGCUAUACUUUGUGACCAAACUUUGUCCUGUAGUGUCAGGUUUCUUUGGAAAGAAAUAGUAGAUAGGAGAAUACACCUAUAUAAUCAUAGCAUAAUUAUUCCUGGAGUUGGGAAAGGAGUUGUUGAUAAUUGAUGUAUAAAGACUGGGAAGAGAGGAAUUGCGUGUGUCAAACAUUCCAGCAGGGAUCACUAGCCCAAAAUAAGCCAAGUAAGCUUCUCAAACCUUUUUCAUUUAACAACAGACAAGGGCUCAUCUGUGUGUUAGCAUUGAAGCUUGUCUUACUAGAUUAGGGGGUGUACCCCUGAUAAUCCAGAUGAAAAGAUUCUAAAUUAAAAAAAAAAAAUCUUCAUUCCCUAAGGCUGUCCUAAUUUCAAAAUAGCAGAUCCUAAGAAGUCAGCAGAUCUUAGAGUUUGGGACUCUUAUAGGAAAAGCUGGACAUCAUUUUUGUUCUCACUACAGAAAGAAGAUACUGAAAGAACUGUAAACAUAGCAGAAGGGUUGGCCAAACUCCCCCAGAAGGCCAUGAACACUUGUUUAAUGUGUGGUGCUGAACUCCACUUUCAGAGUUUCUGUUUUUUUUUUUUUUUUUUUUUUACAUUAACUGUUUGGCCACAGGGGGGGAAAUGUGCCCAGUAUUUUUGAAGAUAACCUUGGUGCUUUCUGGUGCAUUUGCAGGUAUAUAAACAAUUAAGGAGAAAAAAUAAAAUAAUAAUAAAAUCUGGUUAA